AUGUCACGAUCCUCUCAGCCCGCCGCCUCCCUUGCGGCACCUCAGGUCCCAGAAGCUGAACCGCUUCUGUUCUCGUCCUCCUCCUCUUCAACUAGCAGCUCCUCACCGACGCCCAUCAUGGAUGCUCUCUCGCGCAUUCUUGAUGCCCGCCCCAGCGCCGACACCAUGUCCAUCGUAGCCACCACAGUCAUCGCUACAUUGGCCACCUUCUACUUUUGUCGUUAUGUUCUCUAUCCCAAGUGGAGGCGUGUCAUCCCCAGUCCUCUUCGCGCAUCCCUGCCCAAGGAAGCUUCUCAUGCCAUCCACGACCAUAUUUACAACCCAGACACACUCCCCGGCGGCCGUGAUGUCGCUACCCCGUACGGUACCGUCCGGGUCUACGAGUUUGGCAACCUAGAAGGGCCCAAGGUCCUCCUCGUUCAUGGCAUCUCUACUCCGUGCAUCACCCUCGCACCACUUGCUCGUGCCCUCGCUGCCCGCGGCUGCCGGGUCAUGGCCUUUGACCUCUUUGGUCGCGGCUUUACUGAUGGAGUGGGCGACCUGCCUCACGAUGAACGUUUGUACACGACCAAUAUCUUGCUAGCCCUCGCCUCCUCGCCUCUGCCGUGGACCGGCCAGCACGGCUUCCGCCUCAUCGGCUAUUCCCUCGGCGGCGCACUCGCCGCCUCCUUCGCGGCGUCUUUUUCCUCACAUGCGCCCCAUCGCGGCUUCACCAACGCAAACCACCUCCGUCAGCAGCGCUCGGGAGGGCAAAGAUCCUCGACGUGCGGGCUUUCGAGAAGAAUCAUCCAGCUUCCGCCUUCGGGAAUGCUCAUGAGCCCGGUCGACGACUACUCGCGUGAUGGGCACCCACACGCCGGCUUCGUCCCCGCCUUUAUGAGCUGCAUCCGCCACGCCCCCUUGACCGAUCAGCACCCCACCUGGGCCCAGCUCGGGCGGGUCAUGGGCAAGGGUCGUACUGCCGUCUUGCUGGCGCAAGGGGACGAGAUUAUCGACUGCGUCGACUAUGAGCGCCAGGGCCUGCCGCUGCUCGGAGGACCGGACGCGGUGCACUGGCGUGUCCUCGGCGGGACGCACGACUUUGUCAUGACGCACACGGGCGACAUUGCCGCAGAGCUCGAUCACUUCUGGGGGAUGAAGGCGCCUGAGGCUUCUGCUUGA